AGCUACAAACGUUCCUAACUUAACCCCAACUCUCAACUAACCUAAUAAACAUUUUGCAACAAUGUAAUCGGUUCUUUAAUUUAACGCGGGCGCACGUGGCUUCAACCACCUUGGUGCAAUAAACAUCGCGAGAGGAAUGGGACUGUCCUUUGGUAGGAUAAAUCACUUAAAAGAACGCAUGUUCUCUCCGAAAAAUUUGUUGUACACAAAUAUCGGCCUGUCGAUUUCUCUCUCCGGCCUAGGAGACGUUUUGGAGCAACAUCACGAGAUAUUAAAGGGCGAAUGGGACAGAUGGUGUUUCACCAGAACGAGAAAUAUGUCCUUAUCUGGCAUGUCCAUCGGAAUAGUUUGUCAUUACUGGUAUAAUUUUUUAGACGCCAGAAUGGCUGGACGCACCAUCGGUAUGGUUUUGAAAAAAGUGGUUGUAGAUCAACUAAUUGGCUCGCCCCUCUGUAUAAGCACUUUCUUUUUAACGCUGGCCCUACUCGAGAAUAGCAGUUUCGCUGAAUUUAAAGAUGAAAUCAGAAGCAAAGCGCACAAACUGUACAUAGCAGAAUGGAUCAUAUGGCCGCCGGCCCAAGUCAUUAACUUUUACUUUCUUCCCACGCGAUACAGGGUGUUUUACGAUAAUACGAUAUCUCUCGGUUAUGAUGUGUACACCAGCCAUGUGAAACACAAUGGCCAGGCAGCUAAUAGAUGAUACUAUUUCAAUUAGUAAGGUAUUUUGCAAAAUUACAAAUACAAAAUACAAUUUAGACAACAAAUGAAACAGGACUUGCUUUCCUUACACUGUAUAUGUAUAUAUACAUUUAUUAGACUACAAAGUUGAAUAAUUUUACAAGCUUGUAAAUACACAAGUUGUGUAAGAUACAAAAUCGAACUAAAAAAUUGCAAUAAAUGUUUGAAAUAUA